AUGAGGCUAUCCGCCAAACCCGUUUCGAGUCCGGGUCGGACAGACAAGUUCCCUCCUCCGCUCAUGAGGUUCCUCCGGAGCAAUGCAGGGAGUAGAAGCAGAAGGUCCAGGUCAAGCCCAAUGUUCGUGCGCAAGAAAAACACCACCACCACUACCAUCCAAACUCAAACCACCCAGGAACCAUCUUCCCCCAAGGUCACGUGCAUGGGGCAAGUCCGGGUUAAACGCUCUUCCAACACCAAACGCGACGCCCCUCCCACGCGCUGCUGCUGCCGCUGCCGCUGGAUUCCAAAGCCCAACCCCUGUCUCUGCCCGCCCCUCUGGCCCACCUGGCCCUUCUUCCGCUCGAAGCCCAAACAACACUCCCGGCCCAACCACCACGAAGAGUCGGAAUCAGCGUUCCAAGAGAAAACGAAUGUGGAUAAACAUAACGUUCCAUUUGCUUCCAAUUCAACCACGCCCCCGAAAAACGCUUUAUUGUUAACCCGUUGUAGAUCCGCGCCGUACAGAUCCUCGUCGCUGGCUUCAAUGAAUCGAGAAAUGAGCUAUUGGAACUCACACUACUUGUCUCCAACUCUUGCUUAA